CACUCUGCUUUCCAGGUCGUGACAUCUUUGGCAGCCUUACAGAAUGCUCUCAUGCGGAAGAUCUAGGGUUGUAUCAUCCUGCAGGGGUAGCUCCAUAUUUAUUCGCGGAUAUUCCGAUGCUGUUCAGACAGAUGUUCGGACGCGGAUUUUGGCCGAACUUAAGGGCGCAAUGAAGGCUAAGGAUUCCGCGAAGUCCACUACUCUACGUUCGGUACUGACUGACGUGUACGCUGCCGACAAGCAAAAGUCCCAACCCAUUCCAAAUAGCAAAAUCCAGGAUAUCAUUCGCAAAGCAGUUGACCGUCGAAAAGACGUUGCAAGCCAAUAUGAGAACGCGUCUCGUUCAGACCUAGCAGAAAAGGAACGAAAGGAAGCCGCUAUCCUCUCCGAGUUCCUCCCACCUCAACUUUCAGAAGAAGAGAUUGACUGCGUUCUACGUGAAGUCAUCCAGGAACAAGGUCUCCUAAAAGCCGAAGCUAAACCAAACCCUAAACAAGCACUGGGCAAAAUCUUCAAAGCUUUCUAUACGAGAGUGGACAAGUCCGCUGUCAGCUCUACAGAGUAUGUCACUCGAAGGGCAGAGGCCAUCUUGACAGACGCUUCGAAGUCCAGCUGAAUUCCAAUUGUGGGCUUCUGACACUUUUUGUUCCGUCGUUGUACGAAUACACACAUAAUAACAAAUUGCGUAG